GGGGCGGCGCUCGCUACGGCCAGAGCUGGUGCCGUGACAGCUGCCUUGUUUCACGUCUCCCAAGUCUCUGUCAGACACGGGCCUGGUCCCAACCUCGCCGAGAGCCAAAGCCACUUAGGGUAACGCUCCCUAGGUUCGAUGGGCCUAGUCCCUAGGGUUUGCUGAAGCCAAUCACCUUGGGGUGGAUCUCCCCCGAGACAGGGGGCCUGGACUCAUGGAGAUCUAUCCACCACCUUGCUGAGGGGGUGGGUGGGGACAGCGUUGGUGCUAUAUCUCGGGGGCAGGGUUUCUCCCACGGAAGAGCAGGAUGUGGGGGCAGGCCGAGUACCCUGAGGUGCCUUGAAGAUGUGCGAGAUAGAAGCACCCUGGGCACGAUGUCGUCUUCCUCCAGCACAAACGUCUCCUCUUCCUCCUCCACUUGUGUAAGUGACAAUGAAAGUAAAAUAAACCUCUUACUCGGCACCAGCUCCUCCGACCUGCUCCCAGGGCCACAUGCUGAAGAUUUCGCCAAGGAGCUGUCCUGCCCUCUGUGCCUGGAGUGGUUUAAGGGGCCAGUAAUUUUGCCUUGUGGCCACAACCUCUGCAAAACUUGUAUUGAGGAUGUUUGGGGCAAGGAGCAAGUCCGCCUCUGCCCCGAGUGCCGAGCAGAGUGCCCGGACGGGCAAUACAUCAAGAACAUCGUGCUGGAAAAACUAGUGGAAAAGAUCAAGGGCUUUCACGUGGGGAAAUACCAGCAAAAGUGCAGCGAACACGGGGAGCCGCUCAAGCUGUUCUGGAAGACGAACGGGAAGCUGGCCUGCUUUCUCUGCAGAGAUGCCCAGAACCCCGAAGAUCAAGCCUCCCAGUUCCUCCUCCUCCCGGACGCAGUGCAGCUCUAUGCGGAGAAGCUGGUCUCCACCAGAACACAGCUGGAGGCCAUCGUGCAGCAGCUAGCGAUGCUGAAGACUGCUCAGCAAGAGAAGAUCUCCUGUCACAAAAAGAAUAAAUUUAAUCUUCAGCAGCACAUUUCCUUAGAGUUUCUGAAGCUCCACCAAUUCCUUCACGGAAGGGAGAAAAGAUUAAUGAAUGAGCUGCAAGAGGAGGGGAAAACUCUCCUCCUAGAAAUGGAGGCGAAUCUAAACAAGCUCCAGGAAAAGUGGCACCGAGCCAAGGAGACGGUCUUACGCAUUCAGUCCCGGCUCUACCAGCACACUUCUAUCAACUUCCUUACAGGCAUAAAAACCUUCAUGGAACACUUGGAGCAAAAAUCAGCCACCUUAUCUGUGGGUGAACUCGUCAGCCGCGAACUGAGCAUGGGACAGUUCAAGGGUCCAAUUCAAUACACCAUAUGGAAGGAAAUGAAAUCCAGCCUCAAACCAGGCCUUUCAUUGGUGACUCUGGACCCGAAGACAGCCCAUCCAAACCUGGUUCUCUCUGAGGAUCUGCGCUGUGUGAAACACGAUGACAUAAAGCAAACGCUCCCAGAUACCCCCGAGAGGUUUGAUUCCAGCGUUGCUGUCUUGGGAUCCAAAGGAUUCACUUCUGGAAAACAUUAUUGGGAAGUGGAGGUGGAGAACAAGACCAAAUGGACUUUGGGGGUGGUCAAGGAGUCCAUCAGCCGGAAAGGGAACAUGACGUUAUCACCCAACGAUGGAUUCUGGCUUAUAAGGCUCAGGGACAGGAAUAAGUUCAAAGCUUUGGACAUACCUGCGAGAGGUCUGACCCUGAGCACUGGUCUGUCUAAGAUCGGGGUUUAUCUGGAUUAUGAAGGGGGACAGGUGUCCUUUUAUGAUGCCAAUAAGAUGUUCCAUAUCUACACUUUCAUGGACAAGUUCACAGAAACGAUUUACCCGUACUUCUGUCCCUGCUUGAAUGACUCCAGUGAGAACAGCGAACCACUGAAAAUCUUCUUCUUCAUCAUAUAGGUGCAGAUUCGCUGGCGGCUCCCCUUGUGAAGCAGGUUUCCUUAGACACCAAUGGGUCUGCAACAAGGCUCAUAGAAUUAGUAAAUGUGUCUUUUGUAAAAA